ACUUUACUACUUUACUUCUUUACGUGAUAGAUAAGCACCUACUUGAUCAGCCCAAAACUAGUAGUAAAUGUAUCACCCAACUCGCACAGUCAAGACAUGGGCUGUCGGAAUAUCAGUUAUCUUUGUGUGCAGUUUAGUUAGUCUAAUGUAUGUCUCGCAACAAUCAUCGAUUGACAUCAUCACCGAACAAUAUAUCCCUCAGCGCGACUCAGACGAAAAGUACAUUUCGUUUCUGCCACACUCUGGCCUCCACAACCAGCUUUCGUCGCUGACCAAUGCACUCGUCCUGGCUAGUCUGAUCAACCGUACGCUCAUUGUACCCGAGCUCAAUCUCGGCAGUGGAACCUACUGGCGAUACACACCAGUGCUUGCCGAUCGCCUGGAAAUAUGCUUACCCCGCCUGCUCGAACACGCCCCCGAAUCAGUCGAGUGCUGGGAUUACAAAAAGUACGUUCCGGUCGCAGUAGAGAGCAUUGUCGACCUUUCGGAAAUCCAUGCCCUUGGCAUAAAGACCUACCAACGCGAGUCGCUCCAGCGUGACUAUUUCCAGACUUACUGGUCUGUCCCAAACGAUGAGCGAAACAGGUCUCUGGCAAUCGAGUAUACCGACAGGGUCCGGUAUUCCUACCAGUUUCAUGACACCCUCGGCCUGGGUAAAAGAGCCGAUAUGCCAGGUGCAUAUGACAGUUAUAUUAAUAUCCCAGAUCUUAUCCUCCGCCAAGAAAAGUUCCUUGUCUUUAACUCAAUGUUUGGUGCCAACCGAUUGCUGCUAACCAAAAAAAAGAACAUCGCCUUACGACGACUGGUCAGAAACAAACUCGUCUUCUCCCACCCCGACAUCCUAAAGUACUCCAAAACCCUAGUAGACCGGCUCGGUGGUCCAGGCAAUUUCGCAAGCGCCCAUGUUCGGCAAGGCGAUGGUGCCUUCAAGGCAUCAGUCCAGGACACUAUGCAGGAAGUCAGGAUUGCCUUGGAAGGAACCAAUAGAAGCAAAAAUAAGAACGGAGGGUCUGUAAAUGCAACCCAAGCCAGUGAGGAUCAAAAACUCAUUCAACGGCUCUCAAAGAUUCCCAAAAAGGGACUCGCUCUACUUGACGAAUGCAAAAGGAUCCAAGAGACAGAUAACAAAACCAACAACCUUCACCCUCGCCUGCGUCUGAUUUACAUGGCCACAGAUGCCAAGAAGCCGCGUGAACGGUUUGACGAGCUUUACAACGAGUUUGUGUGCAUGUUCUGUCUCAGCGAUUUCCCUGACAUUAUUUCGAGCGUGUUGUUGAAUUCAACAGUCGACACAAUGGGGGCCGGGGUGUACGAAAACCAGGGCAAACUUCUGCUGCCUCCAGUCGAUGCUUCUGUAGCUUCCUUUGGCUCAAUUUUCUUUGGUACACACGGCAGCACGUUCUCAAGUUAUAUAAGAAACCAGAAUCGACUGUUCCACAAGCUCAAAAAGUCUGGAUGAUCCCUUUCUUUUACCUCUUUACACGUGCUGGCUUGUUCUUCUCUUUCUUUAUAUUCCAUCUUCAAAAUAAGUACAAGAGACAAGCAGCAAGUGGGCAAGUGGAAAAAUACAGGUCCAAUUAUUGUCAUUUUCUUUUUAUAUAUUUUAUAUUUUCUAUAUUCCAUUACAUUUUUCAUUCCGUUCAAUUUGAUCGAUCGACGCUUCAAAUUUAUAUUCUUACUUGUUAUUUUGUCUUUUUGUCCCUUUUUUUUUUGCUUUUAUUUUCUUCCUUUACAUAUAUAAAUUCUAGAUUAUAUAUAUAUAUAUAUUCUAUCUUUAUUUUACUCUUCAUUUUACAUCAUCUAAAUCCCAGUUAUACAUAUUUUCACUAUCUUUCUUUUUAAUAUAUAUAUACUGAUUGUUCAUUUUUUAUAAUAGCCAAAAACAAAUCAACCAACCCCUCUCC